AUGUUACAAUAUAAUUCUGAACAUGCUAGAUUGGAUAGGCAGGAUCCUUUAAUAGGUAUCUUGGAGUAUCGAUCUACACCUCUUGAUAUAGUUUAUUCACCAGCAGAGUUAUUACAGGGAAGGUUAUUAAGAUCUGUUAUUCCUAUACUUCCCCAACAGUUGGAACCUAAGUUUAUCGACCAUUCUGUGGUACGAUCUAAGCUUGAGUCCAAGAGAGCACAUGAAAAGAAAUAUUAUGACAAGGCUGUAAAAACCUUAUCCCCACUUGAAUUAGAACAAGGUAUUCAAAUACAACAGAAAGAUAAAACAUGGAGACCGGGCACUGUCUUAACAUGGGUAGGGGAUGGGUCAUUUGUUGUAAAUUCCCAAGGUGGGUUAUAUCGCCGAAAUAGACAGCAACUUAUUCAUAGAUCUGCUAAAUUCCAAUCCUUUGAUCCUAGUAGUGAAAGCCCCACGGGAGAUAUUCAAAUAACUAGGAAUAACACAGGUAAGUCUCGAAUAUCGCCUAUGCGUACAAGCAAUGCACCACAUGCACCAUCACAGCUAUUGCAAAGUAAAUUAACGGCCAGUUCCAAUGAUACUACACCCGCAAUAUCUAGCCAAACAAAAACAGGAUCAUAGACAUCAUAUGUAACUAGAUGUAAUAGAGUCGUUAAGCCAAGAAUUAUGUUUUCAUGUAAUUAGUAAUAAGUUUAUCGUAUGUAAGCAAACGGUGUAGAACAUCACAAAAAAAAUAGGUUUAAUGAUUCUUUGUAAUAAGAAUAUUAGAAUUGAAUUGUAUUUAACAUAAUCAAGUUAGCUAGAAUAGGCCCCCUAGUAAAAAAACUUUAAAAAAGGAGAUGUAAUAAUAUAUGCUAAAAUAUGUAAUUUAUUAUUACAACUACAACUAUACGAAGUAUAUACGGAAAGGGUGGUUAAGGUAGCCCUAUCAGCAACGACAACAAAAGGCUGGUCCAUACGGAUGGAAUAAACACAACGGUAAUCGGACAUAAGGAUCUAAGACAGUAAUGGAAAGACCUUAGGAAGACCUCGGAAAAACCUCAGGAAGACUUUGGGAAAACUUCGGGAAGACUUUGGGAAGUCUUCGAAAAGCAUUCUGAAGGCGCAUUGGGCAGACGUUUGUGGAAGUCAUAGUGAAGGACUUGAAAAGGCUGUGCAAGGGAUGUGCGGGAGGGAGACAGAGGGUUCCGAGAGUGGCGCAAGGAAAACCUGA